GUCGACAGUUUUACAGUUUUUAGUUUAAGUUUAAGAUGGCAGCUGCUUUGACGCCCGAGCAAGAGAAGGCCACAAAAAAUUUCAUUCAGAAAGUGAAUCAGCUGAGGCGGCGCGGGCCGGUGUCGUGGGGCACUGCGGUCAAGUUUUUGGCAGCUCGCAAGUUCGAUGUGGCUCGCGCUGUCGCGUUGUAUGAACAACACGAGGCCACAAGACAUAGAGAGGGUCUGGUGCACUUUGACCCCAACACGGAACCUCUGAAAAGCGAGCUAGACACUGGCAAAUUCACAAUCCUGCCCACUAGAGAUGCUACCGGAGCUGCCAUUGCAGUGUUCACAGCUAGGAUACAUUCUCCUCAACUGAGCACACACCAGACUACACUACAGGGAGUGGUUUACCAACUCGACGUUGCAUUGGAGAGUGUCGACACGCAACGGUGUGGGCUCGUCUUCAUUUACGAUAUGUCUGACUCAAAAUACUCAAAUUUUGACUAUGAUCUUAGCCAGAAAAUACUCACCUUACUGAAGGGAGGGUACCCAGCCAAGCUCAAGAAGGUGCUUAUAGUGACUGCCCCUCUGUGGUUUAGAGCUCCGUUUAAAAUAUUGCGACUGUUUGUACGGGAAAAGCUGCGAGAUAGAGUAUACACCGUCAGUGUUCCUCAGCUGUCCCUUCACAUACCACGAGACUCUCUGCCCAAGCGGCUGGGGGGUACGCUGGAAGUGGCACAUCAUGAUUGGCUGCUGCAUUGUCACAAAUCCAUGGCCAAUCACUGCCAGAUCAACGGUCUGACCAACGCCCAGGGAGAGAGCGGAGAUGUCAACAGUGGAUCACCGGUCGUGUCCGAGGAGGACGAGGAAGAAUUGGAGAUAACAGCACAAACCAACAACUCGUGGCAGCGAGGAUCCAACCACAGUGGCGCUGUCUCGCCGUUGCCUCCACCCAGUUCCGCCAGUUCUGGGUUCUCGGACGAUGACUCGCUUCAUUGUGACGCACAAGGCCUCUCGAUCGAGCAGUUCGUACAAACUGUUCAGACAAAAGGCAGGAGUGGGCUGAUCGCCGAGUACCAGGAGAUCAAGGCCAGACCUCCAGACGGAACUUUCAACCACGCAAAGUUACGUGCCAACCAGCCCAAGAACAGGUACACAGAUGUUUUAUGUUAUGACCACAGUAGAGUGCUGCUGUCUCAGAUUGACAGUGAUCCCACGACUGAUUACAUCAAUGCUAACUUUGUAGACGGGUACAAGCAGAAGAAUGCCUUCAUCUCCACACAAGGACCACUGCCCAAGACAACUGGGGACUUCUGGCGGAUGGUGUGGGAGCAGCAGACGGUGGUGGUGGUGAUGACUACAAGAGUGAUGGAGAGAGGGAGGUGUAAGUGUGCGCAGUACUGGGCGGAGGAGGAGGGAGGCACUGCCACACACGGCAACUUCACUGUCACCACUCAGGCCAUCGAGCAACACCCUGACUAUGUCAUUAGCUCACUACUGCUGCAUAACACACAGACGGAGGAGAGCCGAGAUGUGAGCCACUAUCAGUUCAUCUCGUGGCCGGACUACGGAGUGCCGCUGUCAGCCAUGGCCAUGUUGGACUUCCUGCAGCGAGUGAGACUGUGUCAGGCAUCAAUGUUGGCAGCACUGGGAGAUACGUGGGCGGGACAUCCGCGUGGACCACCCAUCAUCGUACACUGCAGCGCAGGCAUCGGCCGCACUGGUACAUUCUGUACUCUAGACAUCUGUAUCUCACGACUGGAGGAGACAGGGACGGUGGACGUGCGGGGAGCCGUGGAGCGGAUAAGGUCUCAGAGAGCGUUCUCCAUACAGAUGCCAGACCAGUACAUCUUCUGUCACCUGGCGCUCAUAGAGUACGCACUCAGUAAAGGACUCAUCUCACAGCCUGACCUGUCAGCCUUCGACAACGGCCACAGCGAGGACUCUGAGUAAAUUACUUCAGUUGGAACAUUACAGUUUGGUUAUCUAAAUAUGACAGUAACAAAUUAUCUUGUUUGUUGAUUGGUGAGUUCACUCGCUCAUCGUGCUAAUUAUAAUUAACUAAUCCUGCUACGUGAAGCAAAUCGACUGAUUGAUUUUAUAUUGAUGGUUUUGUCUCAUGGGACUAUUUAAAGAAGCUGUAGUUUUUGAAAGAAUCUUCGUUUUAUAUUUAUAACAAAAUAGGGAUAGUAGAUAAUAGGUUAAAUAAUGACAAAGUACUUGAAGUAUUCAAUUGGUUAAAAAUAGAUGAGAAGAAUUAUUUUAUUUAUCAAAAAUUGUUAUAGGUUCAAGGUUCAUCAUAACACAACACCUACAAUACUGAGAAAUUAAAUUUAAAACAAUGAAUUAAAAAAUUCAACUUUGCUGCUACAUUUUCUUGGUUGUGUUAGGUAUGUGUUGCUGCUUAAACCAAAAAAGUGUUAAUGUGUUAAAAGCAAAAAAUGUCAAAAAAUGAUCCACACGUUUGAAUUGUGUUGUAUUCCAAAUUAAAUUUGGUAAUUACAAAACUACAUUUAAAUUCCUUCAAUGUUCAACAUAGUUCCUAAUGAAAUGUUUUUUUUUAAUUGCUGUUAAAAAGUAUGUUUUGUAUACCUUUUUCAAAAGAGCUCCUGCAUAUAACUGUCAUUUUUGACAGGCUGUCAGCUUUAAUACAGAUUACGCCUUCCGAAAUGAUAACUCAACUGUGUUAACAGUGUUAGUGUUAUUUUUAUACAGCCGCAAAACCUGCUUCAGAUGUGUCUCUGAUGUGCUAAUACGUUGUGGCAUUUAGCAUUGUAGUGAUGUGAAUUUUUAAAUGUAAAAUAAAACAGCAGAGAAUUUGAAUAAACCGAAGUUUUUGUAAAACUUAACAUUACUAGUUAAACAGACUGUAGAAGAUUUUCUCAACAUAGGUUUUGUACAGUUUUUGUCUUAUUGAUGUAUGUGAUACAUUAUUAUUUAUUGUUUGUUUUACUAAUUUAUAAAGAAUAAUAUAUUAUAGGGUUAAGGAUAAGUUAUGCUUGUCAUUUUAUUAUUUUCCAGCUUUAAAUCAUAAUUUUGUAUAUAGGUUUCUAAUAUAUGUUAUUUUAAAUAAUUAGUCAAUUUAUUUUAAUUUAUUAAUAUUAUAAUCUCUUUUUUUACAAUUACUGGGAUGAGUUUCAGUUUAUGUUAAUUAAUAAAUACAUCAGAACCUUGAUAAAGAACUCUUAAGCGCAAAUGAUAUUCAUGCUGGGCUGUAAGGUUGUUCCAAGGGAUACUUGUUAUAAGGAAAAUUCUUGUUUCAAAGGAUUUUAGGUUUGUUAAACAAAAGCUUUCAGUUAAACUGAUUUGAGGAGAUGUAAUUUUUUAUUUUAAAGAAAUUUUUUGUUUGAUUGUUCUGGUAAUCUGAGAAAUUUUGAGAUUAUGUGAUAAGCAGAUUCAAAACUUGCUGAUGCCAAAGAAAUCCGUUCAUAGUGUCCAACAUUUCAAAUCAUAGAAUUAAUUUUAGUUAUUGAAUUAAUUAUGACAUAUUGAUAUUACACAAGAACUGGUGAGAUUUCUUAAAGUGACUUAAACAUACCAGUCAGUACAUUAGGUUUUUUACAAGGUUAUACAUUGAUUUUUAUGUUUAAAACACAGCUGCAGAAUUUCUUAUGCAACUCUGCUCUCUUAAAAUAGGCAUAGGAAUAAAUGAUGUAACAGAUAAAACCUGACAAGCUGCCAACAUAGUUUUUUGUUGUUAAAACUAAGUAUGGUUUACAUAAUUUAUUUGCCAAGUCCUAAAUCAUUCAUCAUUUGUUCUUAUACUUUAAGUUUUAGAAUAUUUCCAAAUUCAUAUACUCUUAAAAAUAAUAUAGACUAUGAUUUUUAGUUUGAUUAAGCCUAACAGUUGUAUAAUGAAGAUUUGUGUUUUUUUAAUUAAAUAUCAACUAGUAAGCUUAAUUAUUGAACAUAACUAAUGUAGUGCCAUUUGUGUCUGAUAAAACCCUUAGUGUCAUAUAGAAAGGUUUCUGUUUAAAAUAGUUUGUUAAUUCACACCGACUUUUGUAUAGGCCUGCAAUUUUUGUAUAUUAAAUGAUUAAGAUUGAUGACUAGUAUCUAGACUGUAAAGAAGUUAUAUCAUACCAAGAUUUGGUAUUCAAUUCAUUAUUACUUUAAAAAAUAUCACUUUAAAAUUGUAUAUGUAUUUGGCGAACUACUUUUUUAUUAAUGUCAGUGAUAUUUUUGUUUUUACAGAUUUCAUACUGAUUGUAGAAUUUGUCUAGGGUUUAUUUUUUAUGUAAAUUGAAGUAUUUACAGGUGGUAGAUUCUGGUAUUCAGGUGACAAGGAUGAAGUAGUUGCCAACGUCUUGGAUGUCUUUGGCAGUCACCUGAAAACCAGAAUCUACCACCUUGAGGAAUCGACUGUGAAAGCCUGACACAGAAAAUUAUGUGUUUUCAGCUUAAGUAAAUCAGUUUCUUUAGUAAGAUGAAGUGUACGACUUGUGGUUUGUUGUGGUGUUUGUUGUUCAAUGGUUAAGCCCAUGUUUCUCACUAUCUCUUUCUCACUCAAGGAAUUUGUUAGUGUCUAAUUUGAUUGUACACCAGCUAUUAAUUCUUUAAUUUUGUCCAUUUUCCAUUAAAUUCUUUGAAGUAGCGAGUAAGGAAAGAGUUAUUCCAACUUAAGUCCUGUAACGUAAAACAGUGAUGCAAACUAACUUUUUACGAAGAAUGCUAGAGACUGGACAAAAACUGAUUAUUUUUGUACACUAAGUGUCAUUAACUCCUUUGUGGGCUAUGCCUGAUUUGAUAUAUUUGAACUCUAUUUUUAUAUCUAAGAUUCCUUAUCGGGCAUUUCAUUGAUGCUAUGAUUUAUAAGCUAUAAAAGUGCUAUAACUACUUCCUAUGUUAUCAAAGACAGGAUUAUGCAAUUAGUGAAUACAAAUUUAAAAAAAGAGUGAAUACAAAAAGGAAAAGGCUUGCUCUAGAAUAGUUUAGGAGUUAACAUUUUCUUCACAAAUUAUUAUCUAUCUAGUUAACAGUUUUCUAUUUGCCAUCAUCAAUAAUUUCAAUUUCAACCUCUACUAAUAAAUAGUUUUUGUAAAAUAUCUUUCUUUACCAAUUGUGAAAUUGAGGUAUAGUCAAUUUAAAAUGGAACACCAUUGUAAAUAAACCUUUUGUUUACUGUAAAGUACUGAGUUUGAUCAAUUACUAUUUCUUACUAAAAGGCAGAUUUUUUUAUCACAGGGCUAGUUAUUUUAAAAAAAGCUUUCAACUGUAGUUUUAGAAGUGAUCUUGAAGCGAUGUAAGUAAUGAAUUGUUAGGUUUGUCUGAUUUCUAAACCCCAGAACUGUGUAUACUUGGCCAGUUUAUUAUAGUUGUAUAUAACGUGUGCUGCCAGUGUAAUAUAAAGCUUCAUUAAUUUAAGGACGGUGUUUUAUAUACAUAAAACUGUACUUUCAUUUA